ACUCGAAUGAAUUAUAUUAAUCUUUGAAAAUAAAUAAACAAGUGCAAUAAUUUACCAUGGUUCAAGUACGAUAUACUCGGAAUUUAUUUCUACGAGGAAUAUGCAUCAUAUAUCUAUUUGCGUUCCUUAGUUUUUAUAUACAAAUUCCAGGAUUAUACGGUGAUAAUGGAAUCUUACCAGCUAGGACUCAAUUAGAUCUUAAAAGUCGCACACCCUUAUUGCACAAGUUAAAACAGAAACCAACCUUGUUAUGGUUUGCUCCUUACUUUGGACUAAACGUGGAAUAUAUGUUGGACAUAUUGUCACUUGUUGGCGUUGCCUUUUCCUUCGCUGGAUUUAUUUCACAGAAAUUUUGUAUCACAUUGGUGUUUGCAUUACUUUGGUCAUUAUAUUAUUCCCUGUAUCAAAUCGGUCAGACAUUUAUGUGGUUCCAAUGGGAUGUACUUUUAUUGGAAGCGGGAUUUUUGUGUAUAUUUGUAGCGCCAUUUUACUAUUCUCAGCGUGGAAAAGUAAGCACACCGAGUGAUGCUGUAACUUUUUGGACUGUACGCUGGUUACUUUUUCGUUUAAUGUUUUCUAGCGGGGUAGUGAAACUUACCUCUGGUUGUCCCGUAUGGUGGAAAUUAGAUGCGUUAAAUGUGCAUUUUGAGUCGCAGUGUAUACCUACUCCGUUAGCAUGGUACGCACAUCAUUUACCAACAUGGUUCUUACGUUUCACUACUGCGAUCGUGAAUAUUUUCGAACUCGUCGUUCCAUUUUUGUUCUUCUUCCCAAACAGAAAAGUGAGAAUAAUAGCAUUUUAUACGCAGGUGUUCCUUCAAAUACACAUUAUAGCGACAGGAAAUUAUAAUUUUUUCAACUUUUUAACAAUCUGUUUAUGCAUCUCUUUACUCGACGAUCAAUUUUUCUAUAAGAGAAAAUCUAAAAGUAAUUCCUAUAAUCUUACAAAAUGUUUCUCCACGGUAUUGUGUAUUCUAGUUUACGCAGGAAUCUUUUAUGCAACAUACGUAUAUUAUAACCUUAGAAUCUCUGACAAUUGGACUGUUCAAAGUGACAUCGCAUUCACGCAAAAACAAUUUGAUUACGUUCUAUCACGAACAAUUCCAAUUUCAAUCUAUAUGGGUGUAAUAUCACUUGGUUUUACAGUGGCAAACGCAAUAGUUGUUUCUUUGUUAGCAGUGAAAGGAAUACAAAAUAAAAUCUUUACAACAUUCGUUACGUGUCUGUACACGGGUGCAGUUUGUUUUAUCUUUGCUAUAAGUAUUGUACCAUACGCUACGUUACAUCACACUCACAAUUCAACAAUACCGAUUCAGUUGAGACAGGUACAAGGAAAGGUUGAUCAUCUUCAUUUGGUAAAUAGUUAUGGAUUAUUUAGACGUAUGACAGGAAUAGGAGGUAGACCGGAAGUAAUCAUCGAAGGAAGUAAUAGUAUCGACGGUCCGUGGAAAGAAUACGAAUUUUUGUAUAAACCAGGAAAUGUUAAUAACUCGUUACCUUUUGUUGCUCCUCAUCAGCCACGGCUCGAUUGGCAAAUGUGGUUUGCUGCACUGGGUACUUAUCACCAAAAUCCAUGGUUAAUGUCGUUAGCCUACCGUCUUCUGAGCGGUCAGCCGGAAGUAUUGACUCUAAUGAAUGACGUGGAAAAUCCGUUUGGUGAAAAACCUCCGAAAUAUAUCAAAGCUAGCCUUUAUCGUUAUCACUACACUCCAUGGAGUCAAUCGUGGAAUAAACAAGCCUGGUGGACGAGGGAAAAGGUUGGGGAGUAUUUUCCAAUAUUUAGUCACGAUCAUACGCCGCUUAUCGAAUAUUUAUCGAAGAUGAAAAUUAUUCAAGACAAGCCAACUUUUAAAGUUACGAACGAACCGUUGAAACUACUCCUCGAUAGUAUUAGAUCUUUAGUUCAUAGAGUUGAAGCUAGCCUCCUUCUAUGGGGAGUCUUUACAGCAGGUUGUACAGUUAUUAUGACUAACUACAAUAAUUCAAUUUUGAAGAAAAAAUAAAAUCACUUAUCUCAUUUUUA